AUGGCUGAAGAGAUUCGUACCAUGAUUAUUGGAACAAGUUCCGCAUUUCGCGCAAACGUUCUGCGAGAGCAUUUUGGUGACAGGUUCCGAAAUUUCGUCCUGCUCCCGCCUGAUAUUGAUGAAAAGGCUUAUCGUGCAGCUGAUCCGUUUGAACUGACGGAGUCAAUUGCACGCGCAAAGAUGAAAGCUGUAUUGGAGAAGGCACGCCAGCAUUCUCCACCCAUAAGCGGCCCCGCAAUAGCUUUAACGUUUGAUCAAGUUGUUGUAAAGGGUGAUGAGGUGCGUGAAAAGCCGUUGUCAACCGAACAGUGCAGGAGCUUCAUUGCUUCCUAUUCCGGUGGAGGCGUUCGAACGGUGGCGACGUAUGCCCUUUGUGUGGUGGGAACUGAAAAUGUGCUGGUGGCCCAUAACGAAACAGAGACGUUUUUUUCUAAAUUCGGUGACGACAUUGUCGAACGCACGCUUGAGCGUGGUGCAUGCAUGAACUCAGCGGGAGGUCUUGUUGUGGAAGACGAGGAUAUGAGCCGCCACGUCGUGCGCAUUGUUGGCACGAGCUAUGGUGUUCGCGGCAUGGAGCCAGCUGUGGUUGAAAAACUACUUAGCCAACUAUGA